UAUAUACUUUUAAAUUUCAUGUAAAUUCGAACAGAAAUAACAAACUCAACUCAUUUCCACUCUCUCUCCUCACUUGGUCCUAGAGAGAGAACCGUGAGAGAUGGAUAACAACAGAUGCAUAACCAUUGAUGAAACUUCCAUGACGGACGGUUCAAAAUCGCACCGCGGUGUUCAACGGUGCAGAGAUACAGACGUUACAAGCUCGGGUUCUGUCAAGAGAAGAAAACUUGAUGUUUCUUCAGCAGAAUUCGGUAGCUGUGAUCAUGUUUUGUCGUCUUCAUGCUUCUCGAAUUGUUUACGAUUAGAUCUGAAGGACGAGGUUCAUACAGAAGCUGAAACCUUUAUGUCCGUUGAUGAUGGUUUCAGCGGAGUAACAAGUUCAUCAAGUGAGAUUUGUUUAGAUUCAGACCAUAUUGAGACUUUUUCAAGGAUGAAGAAGAAGCCACCACCACGGGCGGUUACUUGCCGUCGUAAACCACUGGCAACGGCAGCCAAACUUCCUACAGCGAUGGAGAUCGAGGAGUUUUUCGCAGUAGCGGAAAAGAAAGAACAAAAACGGUUCUCAGACAAGUACAACUUUGAUGUUGUGAAUGAUGUACCAAUGGAUGGGAGGUACCAGUGGGUUGGAUUAAAGCCAUAGAUCAAACAGGUGAACAUUGAGUAGCACAUUAGCUAAGUUGAACUCUAUAUUAUUACUGCAUCAUUUUAGAUUUAGAAGCUUCUGCUGCAACAACUCCGUAUUCAUCCCUACUUAUCUUAUCUGGUCCAUCAAGGUGUGUCAGUAACUUUUGUGGGGUAGGGAUUUGAAGUUUUGUACCCACAAUAUCAUAUACAGAAAAUACAACAAAUUCAUUCUAUAUAUUUUUAUUUGUUCUUUUUCUAUCAA